AUGCAAGGUGCCUCGUUCCAAAUUUCUUACGGUGACGGUCGGGUGCUGCGGGCAACGUCGGCACCGAUACUGUGGACAUUGGCGGGUCUACUCGGUCUCGCAUUCAGUCAACUUAACACUGUCCAGCCAGCUCAGCAGAAGACGUUCUUCGACAAUGUCAAGUCGUCACUCGCUGAGCCUCUCUUCACUGCCGAUCUCCGCGCGCAAGCAGCUGGCGCAUACGAGUUUGGGCGUGUGGAUACGAGCAAGUUCACAGGUGACAUGACAUGGGUUCCCGUCAAUACAACAGAUGGUUUCUGGCAGUUCACAAGCGAGAAAUUCGCAAUCGAUGGUGGAGAUCCCCAAACUUCUACGGCCGGCGCACAGGCGAUUGCCGACACCGGUACCACUCUCCUUUUGGCCGAUCCUGCUGUGGCACAGGCCUACUAUGCGCAAGUUGAUGGCGCCGUAGAUGACCAACAGCAAGGUGGCUUUACGUUUCCUUGUGAUGCACAACUACCCGAUCUCCAGCUAGAUGUGGGUGGCACCAUGGCUACCGUCAAAGGUACCGACAUCAACUUUGCUCAAGUCGAUGAUCAGACUUGUUUCGGUGGUCUACAAGCUUCGCCGGCAGGUCUCCAGAUCUACGGCGAUAUCUUCUUCAAGAGCAACUUUGUCGCCUUCAACGGCGGAAACAACACUCUUGGGUUUGCACAGCACGUAUAG